UCGUGAGCCAGCGUCUAAAAAAGGCCUACAGAUUACUCAGCUUCGGAUAACUGCGGAUCUUCCAUCGCUGUUCGUUACGUUAAGCCUGAUGUCCAUGGCCUGCACAGAGAACAUAGUCCCUUGCUAUGUAAUAGUGAAAGACUGGGUCUCGUGGAAUGCGUUCGGAUAAGUGCACUAGCACCGACACUACAUCCUAUGUAGAGAAAUAAGAUCUGCCGCACAGUUAUGGCAGGGUGGUGGGCCCAUCGGUGUUGUCGGAGAAAUGCCUGUUUCCUGUUUACUGGCUCGGUUGUUGUUGUAGUAGUGUUAUACCAGUGGUAUAUGUCACCGCCUGUCUCCAUAUUAAAACAGGGGGAUCUUAAAUAUCUUAACGGGACCAAACUAGUGCUGCUAUGGACAAAAUUUUUCUCUCAAACACAGUGGGUGAAUGACAGUCAUUUUAGAGACUGCCCCGUGAAUCGAUGUAUUGUUAGUGAAGAUAAAUCGCUGUUGUUGAAAAGCGAUGCUGUGCUCUUCCACGAGAGGGACAUCGGUGGGCGGGAUCAGAUGCCGAUGGUUAGGACAUCGGAGCAGAGAUGGAUAUGGCUUACACAGGAGACUGUCAUGAACAUGGAGGCGCCGUUAGCAGAAUACAACGGGUUAUUUAAUUGGACGAUGACGUACAGACGGGACUCGGAUGUUGUUAUACCUUAUGGGGCGGUUCAGAAAAGGGCAGAACCUCUGACAAUGGCAAGGUUACGUAAAAUGAUUGCUGAAGAGUCUGCCACAAGAAGGAAACUGGUAGCAAUACGCAUUAGUAACUGUAAAUCUCCCUUCACGGACCGUAUGAACUACCUACGGAAGUUACAGGAGUAUGUGCCGGUGGAUGUGCUGGGGAAGUGUGGCGAGUCGUGUGAGCUACAUGACGGCUGCAGUGAUACCUUCAUGUCGCAGUACAAGUUUUACCUUGCGUUUGAGAACAGCCAUUGUCGAGACUACGUCACAGAAAAGCUGUGGUUGCCACUUGCCUUCUGGAACAGCGUGCCCGUUGUCAUGGGUGGGGCUGACCCGUCGGACUACGCUGCCGUGGCCCCGCCUAAAUCCUAUAUACACGUGGCCAGCUUUAAGUCGCCACAAAAAUUAGCAGAGUAUUUGAUGUUACUUGAUAAAAGUGACACGCUCUAUAACGAAUAUUUUAAUUGGAGACGGACAUACAAAUAUACGUUUCCGCCUUACUGUGACCUCUGCACCGCACUUCACUCUCCCAAGCCGCGUAAAACCUACAACCUUGUGGAGUGGUACAAGAGUGAUAAGUGUUCGGCAGACCAUCCCGUAUAUGUGUGAUAUAGGCUACAGAACACGUGAUGUUCAUGAUUUAUGUAUGUAUUUAUGUAUGCAUGUAUGUAUGUAUGUAUGUAUGCCGUAACCACGCAGUGAUGAGCGCCAAGCGAGGCAUCACGCAUUAAGUGCCAAGUCUUUGGUAUGAACCGAUCCGGAUUCGAUCCCAGGACUUCCGUCUUUAUGGUUUAGUACCGGUGCCAGUUUUUGAACUCCUACAGUCUUGCAGGAUUAUGUGCUUCCUGAUAUCUUUGAUCUCUGUAACCGAUGAACCAAAGUGAAUAUUCAAAUUGUGUAUCACGCAGUUUUAUAAGUUAUUUAUUCCGUGCUUGUUGUUGAAUUGUACAUCCCAGUUACUCUUUGAAUGAAUGAUUGAAUGAUUUGUCAUUUUUACCAAUUUUUGUGAACAAAUACUGCUUAACAUUUUUCAAAUAUCAUGCGAUACAGUAGGACUUUUUUCACAUUUGGCAAUAAUGAGUAUAUUAUGUACACUAGACCUCAGAUGAAAUUCGAAAACCAGCUUGAUCUG